AUGGGGAAGAUAACCAAGCCUAUGCAACAGAAGCACAAGGAUACCUUGUCUCCUUGGCUAAAAGAUUACGUUGAAUCUACCGCAGCAGUACCUCUACCCCACUUACCAAAAGAGCUUGCUAGCUUUCCCUCGCGAUGGCCCUUCGGACGUGGCGACCUGUACCACUGGAUACCCCUUCUGAACCGAUUUGAUAGCAUUCUUGAACAUUUCUGCGCCACAUACAAGCUGAACGAGGGUCCCCAAGCUCGCGAUUUCGAGUGCGAUGUGUUGCUCAACCAAGACAAAGAAUCUACCUUCGGUAGCGAGAAGCAAUGGUCAGCGAAGGAGUUGGCAGACUUGGGUUUCUCAUCAGAUGGAGACAGGCAACUAGUGGAAGUAGUGCUGCGCUUCACUCGCAUGUUGUUAGAGCAUUGCGGCAACCGGAGCAUUUAUGCCAGCAGCGCUCAUCUGAACGACCUCCUUCACACCACGUCUUUGAGUGUCCUUAUUGUCACACUCGAAGUUGGUUCAGAGUUAGCCCAGCGGUACCAAGCGUCCGUGAAACGCAUAGCAAAUCCUUCGAGACAGAUCAGCACGGCGCUGCUUGCCAACCACUACAACAUUGAUCUUGACAGAGUCCAGCAGCUUGCCCUGCCCUUUGUCAAGACACCGAUCAUUAACCUGUCGGACCCUGUGCCAUCAAACACACCUGGGUCAGCCAAAGGGAAAGACCGUGCGUCAGGAGGAAGUUCCAAGACGGCCAACUCUAUGCACGCGAACGAUCUAGUCGCUCUUGCGGCGUCGGAUGACAAACGGUGGGUUGGUUGGGGCGAUGUCAAGGUGAUCUAUUAUCCUCAGACAACCCAGCAGGAGUCUAUCAGCGGCGACGGUAGUCGCGCAUCAGUGCCGUCUACGCCAACACCGCUUCGUCGCAGCUCCACGAUGGCAACUCAGCAUCAGACCCCCAAGAGUCGGAAUAACUUGGAGGACUCAUCUCCGCUUGGACCCCGGACACCCAGUAACAGCGAAGAUUCGGCCUCGGCUGGAUCCAAAGUCUUUGAAUUACCACAGUCUGUUAUUUCUUCAGCUUCUAUCUAUCGGUUGAUGUCAUCCGUUCCUGCGGACCUUCCCCCAGCUGCGAAGUAUGAGGUUUUUCAUAGGAUCAGAACUUCCAAAGCCCUUAUGGGCUCCAACGAGUCACGCCAACAAUUAUUGGCUGUACGCCUCCUGUCUAUUAACAACCUCGCCUAUAUCCAUAACGAAGCAAGCUUCUUGGAAAAAGUGCUCCGUCAAGACGCAGAAGAAACUCGCAGGUUUCAGCUUGUUUAUCAGCUAGCCGAACUCAUCCACCCUACAGCCCACGGAAACAUCGAUGUUCCGUUGUGGUUGCAAGCCGUUGCUCUUGCCUUGCUCGAGGCUAUAUCGAACUUCCAAGCCAGGUGUCAGGAUGUCUUGUCUGCUCUGAAUGCAAAUGUCAACCACGGCAUUUUACUUUAUGUCAUCAGAAAAGCGGUUGCUGGAAUGAAGGAGGAUGACGACAGCGAUAAAGGCAACCAGGUCACUGAAAUGGACGAAUGGCGCAACAACCUGUUUUCUCUUACGCUUCACCUUUCCAUGUCCACACGAGUGGGAAGCGAGAUGGUGUCUGCAGGACUUAUGGAAAUUCUAGUCGAGAUCUUGAACAUUAGGUCAGCUGUCGCACAACGAAACCAUUCCAUGGUUCUUGCGUUUCUAGAUGGCCUGAUCUGGACCUACCAAAACGCCUUUACUGCCUUCUUCAAUGCCAAGGGUCUCGAUGCAGUAUCUCAGUUGGUUGUGGAUACUGUCCAGGAAGCGCAGACUUUGCAUCAAGCAGGACAAGGUAUUUCAAAGAGCCAGCAGUCGGGACAAGUGGAUUACGAAAUCCCGUACUACCAACAACAGACACUCAAAUGGCUUCUCAAGUUUGUUCACCACAUCAUGUCCAACUCGUUCAGUUACGGCGGUAACUACGAUCGCUUACUCCGUAAUCUCGUUGAUAAGUCGGAUCUUCUCGGGAAGUUGCGGGACAUCAUCGAAGACAAGAAGACCUUUGGCUCUGUUGUCUGGACAAACUCUGUUACCAUUCUUGGUGACUUUAUUAACAACGAUCCUACGAAUUUCCCCGCCAUCUCUGAGUCUGGCAUGAUCAAGACAUACUUGGAAGCUGUCACCAACAGACCACUGCCAAGUGAAGUAUUGACUGAGCAAAAAUCAUCAGACAAAGAUGAAGAUGACGAAAACAACUCUACAGGAAACACUGUAAGCUCUCUUGUUGCAAAUGACACACGGCCACAUCCUCCUACAGAGCAAGCACUUCGGCAUUCGUCUCGUGGACCAUUGGCAGCAGGGAUCUUGCCGUCAACAGAUGCCAUUGCCAUUGUUCCACAGGUCCUGAGCUCCAUAUCUCUCAAUAAUGCGGGCAUGAACCUAGUGGUAGCUUCUCAGGCUUUUGAUGGCUUCUUGGAAAUCUUUGAGAGUCCUGCACAUGUCCGAUGUAUGGAGCUUGAUGGAGAACUUGCCCACAACGUCGGAGCGAGUUUCGACGAGCUUGCUCGCCACCACCCGGCCUUGCGACCAGCCAUUGCAAACGCUGUAAUUGACAUGGUUGCCCGCGUGCGUUUCCUCGGGAUUGAAAAAGCGAGAAAUGAUGGAUGGGGCGCCCGCCUGUUGCUCAUGGACUCCGAGGGCAAGACUGUAACUGUGGAUGAGAGGGGAAAGGUGUCAUCACCAAGCGCGUCUUCUGAGAAGACUCAGAGUCAAGACACAUCUGGCGAUGCAGAUGUGAACAUGUCUGAUGCAGUGCCAUCGAAUGAUGCGAACCCUGAAUCCCGCAAGGAUGAAGAGCCAUCUUCGCCAGACCAAUCAAUUACGCCUUACAUCUAUGCCCUGGGAUACUUCUUGACCGCUUACAUGUCAAAUCAAGGACUCAAGAACAGUUUUGUAGAUGCUGGAGGUCUGGAGUUGUUGCUUGACAUCUGCGAGUCUCCAAGUCUGCCCAUCAAUUUUGGCGACACCGUAGCCUCAAGGAUUCUCAACCAAGUUAUCUCUCAGAUCGUGGAUGGUUUCCCAGUCCGCGGUCUUCCUUCUAUCAUCAGGCGAGCUCAGUUGGCGAUCGACACCUUGAAACCUCUCUCUGAUAAAACAGAUACCUUGCCUCCGUAUUUCGCACCUUUCCUUGCGAAUGACCUCAAACUGGCGCAGAACAACCAGGAACCUACAGCGGUUAAGAAUGGCACCAAAAUGAUCAAGGCAUUAUUAAAUGCGCAGACCUUUAUCAAGAUAAUAUCUGACUGCUUUUGUACAACAAGGUCCAAUUCUCUGACAUUCUAUCCUGUCAAUGUCUGGGAUUACUACCUCAACCUGGUGAACUCUAUUGGACCUCUCCUCCGUGGAGUCCUUACAGAGGAGGCAGGAGAGCUCAACGUCGUUCCCCAACACUGGUCGUUUAAGCGCCAACCAUCCUCGGAGGGAUCGCCCACAGCAAUUGAUUCUGAUCACGAUGUGGGAGACAGUACUUUGUUACCAGAUAUGCUGGGCAGUACAGAGGCGUUUCAACCGAAGGCGUCUUCGGAUGAAACCAAGCUGAGCCGUCCUACAGAGGAGGAGCAGGCCAGUCCUCGCUACCAGAAUUACGAGACGCUCCGACAUCUUUUGCACCCUAUGAUCCCGACAACUUUCCCUCUUUUCCAAACACUCGGAAAGUCCUUACUUCCCCGCCGGGAGCGAGACCCUCGUGAUAGUUAUCAACGGCCACGUCACUUGGAGAUUGCCAAGGCCCUUGCGAAUGCAAUUCUCAGCCAGCUGAGGCCAUCAGUUGCCACUGUGGAACCCACUCACAAGGACUUCCAUUUCUGGAUCAUCAUGCUGCAUACUAUCAGUGAAAUGGUGAUUGAUCAGCCCAAUCAUCGAUCAAGCGAUCGUUCAGGAGUGCAUAUCAUCUUGCCCGUUCUCAUCGCUUUUAAAGAAGAGGGCGGAAUGGAUGUUUUGAAUUCAAUGCUCAGGAUAUUUGCCGAAGCAGUUCGCAAAGGUCGGGGCGCCCCUGCGGAUGGAGCUUCCGGAUCCAAGGUCGCCGCCUUCGGGCUCAAGAAGGUCCUGGAAUUGGUUCUAGUAUUGGUUAAUGGCAAGCCACUCAUCGACUCCCAACAAUCAUUCAGCCUGUUGCCUCGCUCUGCAGACAGGUCUUCGCAUCCCUGCCAGCAGCUUGUGGUAGAGUUCAGAGCCUCUGUUCUUCCCGAAAUUACCAAGCUCUGGGAUUCCGAGUUUGUGGAAAAAGUACCACAUCAAACCGCGACGUGCUUGAUUGACAUCCUCAAGUUGAUCGCUACUGCUGAACACGAGCCUUCAACAUCAAGGGACGUUCGAUUUGAUUGGCGCUCUCAUCUUGGUGCCAUUGAGGAGUUGCGCACCAAAGGAUAUGAGACCAGCCUAAUUCACGAAGCGAUAUUCCGAGCCAACGGAAGCGUGGCUGCUGCAGAGAUGUAUUGUUCAGCUCAUCGAGCUGGUCUUGCCGGCGCACGCAACCCGAUUCCACCUAUGGACUCUGACACUUCUGCCUUGCAUGCGAUCCUGCUAGAAGCCGCAGGUGCCAACGAUACAGAAGGCACAAACGCAGGCAGCAGCGCGGAAACAGACCGCAUGUCCCUUGAUGGGCCACCAGAAAUUGCUAUUCCAGACCUCACGGACAGAUUCCUUGGCGAGGCACUGGGCGAAAUCAUUGAUCCACCUCAAACUACAGAUGACACUCGCGAAUCCCAAAAUGUCAUGAAUGAAACACCAGCGAAUGUUUUGGAAGAACCUCACAAGAAGGAGAAGGAGCCUUCCUGGGCUGCUACACGAGAAGAUGUUGAUCAGUUUAGAGCUGAGCUGCGUGCAAACCUGAUUGACAGGUGUCUUGAUGUUGUUCGUGCUCAUCCUGAAACCGCCAUCGAGGUUUCCGAGCUCAUUCGAAUAACCAUUAAGCAACAACCUAAUGAUAACGACGACGAGGUUGGCCAGACCCUAACUUUGGCACUGUCUUCACUGGCCCAGAACGAGGAGGAAGAAAAGCAACGUAAUGGGAAGUGUAUAGCCGCUUAUGCCCAUUUGCUAGCAUUGCUCUUGCAGGACGAGCGCUUCUUUAGCAACAAUGUGGCAAGCCUUGAGGAUCAUAUCGACGAGUACAUUGGCUUCUUGAAGGUUUCGCCUUCGACCUCAACUGAGGAGAUGCCGCCUUGGAUCCCUUACAUCCUUCUUGUCAUCGAGACGCUUCUUCGACAUGACGAGCGCCCUGUUGCCGCACAGUGGAAAGCACCGAAAUCCGAAGAUGAUGCCGUCUCAGAGCCCGUCAUUCAAUUGAGAACUCUGACUAUUGGCGAGGAGCAGCGAGCUCACGUUUUGGAAUUUGUGCUCGAAAUGCUUCCCCGUAUUGGAAAAGAAGAAACUCUCGCUGUUGCUGCGCUCCGAAUUCUUGUUAUCUUGACCCGUAAUCGACGCCUCGCCAAGGUGGUAGGAGACAAGAAGAACCUGCAACGGCUGUUUCUUAUGGCAAAACAAUUGUCGGGUUCUGGCUCCGAGAGGUUCAAGCAAAGCAAGCUUACUGCCCACAUCAUGACUAUUCUGCGGCACGUUGUCGAAGAUGAAGAGAUCAUCAAACAGAUCAUGCGUGCUGAGAUCAAGAUCGGUUACCCCACUUUACACAGAACACAGCGUGGCCCUCCUGAUGUCCAAAAUUAUCUCCGGCAGAUGACGCCGAUUGCUCUACGUGCUCCAGACCUCUUCGUCGAGGUCACGAACGAGAUGCUCCGUUUUACAAGAUGGACACCAUCUUCGAAUGACAGCUCUCGGACCCAGUCUCUUGUAUUGAAGGAUGAACCCACUGAAACGAGCACUGAUAAGACCAACGACAAUGUGGAGAACGGGUCAGAACAAGAUAUCAAACCGUCCACAGAGCUUGUAGAUAAGGAAAUGGUGGAUGCACCAAAGCCACAAGAGAGCAAGAGGCCUGUUGUCGAAAAUCCUGACGGUGUUAUUCACUUCCUCCUCUGCGAGUUGCUCAACUAUCGCGAGGUCGAUGACAAGGAAGUGCCAGUGGUUGAGAAGGACUCCAAGCCUGAUACUGUGUCUAACUCCGAAGACGCUUCUUCCUCUCCCAAAGAUAACAAUGCAACUGACGCAAAGGACAAGAAGCCAACGAAACCCGUUUUCAAGUCCGAGGAGCACCCUAUAUUUGUCUAUCGUUGCUUCUUACUUAAUUGUUUGGCUGAGCUUUUGCAAAGCUACAACAGAACCAAGAUGGAGUUCAUCAACUUCAAGCGAAAUGCUCCGUUGACCACAAGCACGCCAAUCAAACCUCGUUCAUCAGUUCUUAACUACUUGAUCUAUGAUUUACUCUGCCAGGGCAAUUUAAGCGGAACAGCUGACAGCAUUGCUGGCAAGAAGAAAGCUGCAACGUCGGCGCAGACUCAAAAGGUCUUGGUUGCACUCGUCUCCAAGACAACCGAGAAGGCAAUUGACCGCGGAAAAGACAAGUUUGCAUAUGAGGACGAACCCGACCUCUUGUUUGCACGCAAAUUUGUUCUUGAUACUAUGCUCAAGGCUUACGAAAGAGCACCCUUGUCUGAUGAACCCUUAGAAACAAGAUACUCGCGCAUGCAGUGUCUGGCCGAGCUCAUGAACCACAUGGUUGGCGAGAAAGAUAAGGAUCAUGCAGGUCCCGGGAGGGCUGACAACGUGCUGGCUCGAUCACAUGCCCAGCUACGGAGACUCAUGUAUGAGAAGGGCUAUCUCGAAAAACUGACAUCAUCCAUCGCCGAGAUCAACCUCAAUUACCCAGGCGUCAAACGUGCCAUCAAGUACAUCCUACGCGUGCUACGGGUUCUCACCGAGACGGCUAAAGAGCUGAGUCAUUCAAACAUCCUCCUACCUUCAGAUUCUCUAUCCGACACGGCCGAUGACGAUCUCGGUUCCACCUCUUCGCUCUCCGACCUUGACGACCGCGAAGAGACUCCUGAUCUGUAUCGUAACUCUGCACUUGGAAUGCUGGAGCCUCGUGGCGAAGACGAUGAGUCUGAUGACGACCAAGAGGAUGACGAUGAUGAGGAUAUGUAUGGGGAUGAAUAUGACGACGAGAUGGAAUACGGAGAUGAUGACAUCUCUGACGAAGAAAAUAUCAGUGAUGAUGACGAGGAACUCGGUGAUAUGGGCCAAAUCGAAGGUCUUCAUGGCGAACCAGGCGUCGUUGAAGUUAUAAUGGACGAAGACGAUGACGAUGACGACAGUGAUGAAGAAAUCGACGACGAAGAUGAAGUGGAGUCCGCGGAUAUGGAGGAUGUGGAAGAUCAGGUGGAAAUUGUCGACGAAGACGGAAAUCCUCUCGAUGACGAUGGCAACUCGGAUUGGGAGAGCGCCAGCCACGACGAUGACGAUGAAGACCAGGAGGAGGACGACCUGGAAUAUGAUGGACAUGUUCACGAAGAGCAUAUGCACAUGCCAGGAGAUAUUCUCGAUGGCAUGGCUCGUGCCAUCAUGGGAGAAGGCGACAUUUACGAUCCUGAUACGAUGGCGGAAGAUCACUAUCUCGACGAGGGCCAUGAUGAGGAUGAGGACGAGGACGAGGAGGACGAGAUGGAAGAGGAAUAUUUCUACGACGAGGAAUAUGCUAUGGAUGAUCAACCUCAGCUAAUGCCAGCUCUCGGCUGGGACGGCCUCGCAGGCGAGGAUGAUGAACGGCGACAAAUGUUCACGAUGGAUACCAGUCACCGCCGGCGCCUCCUUUCUUCACGAAAUGACGGUCGCGGCGCUUUCCCGCCAAGUUUCAUUGUUGGUAACCGUGAAAUGGCUGGGGAUUUCCGGAACUUCUUUUCACGCAACCACCAGACCAGGCCUCAAAAUAAUGCUGAUGAUGGCACUAACCCACUUCUGAGACGUGGUGACCAGAACCGGGAUAGUCCUCAGCGCCCUGGACCUCACCAAUCCUUCGGCUUGCGAGUUCCUGAAGCCAUUUUCGGUCCAGGUGGUCGCAACCCAGACGGACCCAUGGGCUUCUUGAGUGAGAUAAUGGAGUUCCUUCCAAUUAUGGGACGACAUGGACAGCAUGCGUUCCACCUCCAAAUCACUGGCCCCACCAGCAAUCGCGAGUCCAGAGAACUUGGACCUAUUCGGGCCUCUCGCACUGAUCAAAGACGUGAAGGUCUAGCCCAGGAUCCAUCCCAAGCUGUUUCUUUUGUUAUCGAAGGCACAAUGGACCGUUACCAAGAAGAGGCUAGGAUGAUCUUCGGCGCUAACACUACGACAGAAGCAUCUAAACUUCUGAAUAUCAUUAUGGCCAAACUAACGCCUGCCGCGAUGGAAUUAGAGAGGAAGUUGAAGGCCGAAGAGGCAGAACAACAAAAGCGUGAAGAAGAAGAACGGAGGAAGCGCGAGGAGGAGCAACGUCAAGCGCGUGAGGCAAGGGAAGCUGAAGAAAAGGCAGAGAGAGAGAAGCAAGAGGCCGAAGCGCGUGAGGCCGCUGAACGCGCAGCGUCUGAAGCUGCCGCUGUGAGCCAAGCCGUUCCCGCUCCCGCUCAGGCUGAAGGCGCUGAGGGCGCAAUGGAAGGCGUUGAGCCAACUGAACAAAGGGACGCAGAUCGUCCUGGUCCUGCCACGCAGAGCGAUGGCCCUCGUGUUAUGACCACGAUUAGAGGCGAAGAAGUCGACGUCACCGAACUAGGUAUCGACCCUGAUUACAUUGCAGCUCUGCCCGAGGAGUUCCGCGAGGAGGUCAUCGCUCAGGCAAUCAGCACGCGCAGGUCUGAGGCCCGGGAGGAGACAAAUGGCAAUUCGACUGAGGCCUUCCAGGAGUUUCUGGAUGCUCUUCCCGAAGAGUUGCGCAUGGAGAUUGCUCAGCAGGAGCGUCAGGAACAGCGUCGCCGUGCCCGCGAAGAAAGCAACCGUCAAGCCUCUGCUGGUGCUGGUCAAGCCGUCGUUCCAGAGAUGGACACUGCCAGUAUCCUUCUGACAUUCCCUCCCGAGCUUAGACAGCAGGUUUUGAUGGAUCAAGGGGAAGAACUGAUGGAUCAGCUUACGCCCGCAAUGGCAGCUGAGGCCCGAGCUCUGGCGCAGCAGCAUAAUGCCCACCCGGCUGUUGUUGGUCGUAGCCCUCCUGCUGUUAACUCAGCCCGUCAGACUGGACCACCAGUACCUCCCGAAGGGACAAAGGUACAGCGUCGCACGGUAGUUCAGAUGCUCGAUAAGGCUGGGGUCGCCACGCUGCUACGUCUGAUGUUUAUCACCCAGCAGGGUUCAAUUCGAAACCAUCUGUUCAACGUAUUCGCCGACGUAUGCGAGAACAAGCAGACCCGCCUCGAGGUGAUCAGUACUCUCCUCCAGAUUUUGCAAGACGGCAGCACAGAUAUGGGUGCUGUAGAGCGCAGCUUCGGUCAACUGUCUCUGAAAGCACGAAGACCCAAGGACAAGGGUCAGGAGUCUGAACAGAAAACCCCUCAGCCUCUCAAGAGAAGUCUGACUGGUCUAACUGCUGGCAAUAAUACACAGACAAACUCUGAAACCUCGCCUCUUCUGAUUGUCCAACAAUGUCUGGAUCUGUUGGUGGAGCUGUCUGCUAAGAAUCCUCAUAUUCAAUGGCUUUUCCUGACAGAACACGAGGCCGUCGGCUCUAAUCUGAAGCGAUCCUUGAGCCGCAAAGGCAAGGGAAAGGAUUCGAAGUCGCACAAAUACGCGAUCAACUCGUUGCUAUCGCUGCUGGACCGUGAUUUAGUUAUGGAAAGCUCUGUUGUCAUGACUCAUUUGGCUGAUCUUCUAAACCGAGUGACGCUGCCUCUUCAAAAUCUGGAGCGGCGCCGCAAGGAGGCUGAGGAUGAACUAAAAGCCAUUGAUAGCAAGCCAGAAGAGCCUGUUGCAGCAGAAAACCCUGCUGGACAGCCCUCAGGUACGGAGCCAACGGAGGCAAGCACUGCUGAAGAACUCAACACUGCCAAAGAGGAGGGCAAAGAAAAUAUUCCUGCCGAUGACGCCGAAAAGAGACAAGCGAAGAGAGAUUCAAUCCAAAAGAAACUCCGACAACUUCAGCCGCCUGUGGUUCCUGCCCAGAACUUGACCUUAGCUGUGAGAAUUUUUGUAGCUCGAGAGUGCAGCUCCAAGACUUUCCAGAACACUAUCUCGACGAUCAAAAACCUUUCAGCCAUCCCAGGGGCCAAGGCAACGUUCGGACAGGAGCUUGUUCACCAGGCUAGGCUCUUGAGUGAGAAUAUCGUGGCUGAUCUAGAUGAUCUUUUGCCCCAUAUCGAAAAGGCAUCUUCAGGCACUGAGAUUCAAGGCGUGGCUCUUGCCAAAUUCUCACCAGGGGCAUCCGAGCAAAAUAAGCUUCUUCGCGUUUUGACCGCCCUGGAUCAUCUCUUUGACACCAAGAAGAAAGCCGACGAGGCCGAGUCCAACAAGAACAAGGACGAAAGACACGAUCUAGUCACAUCGCUUUAUCACAACUCAACAUUCUCUGCGAUGUGGGAUAAGCUGAGCGCUUGUCUUAGUGCUAUUCGUCAACGAGAAAAUAUGCUCAACGUGGCAACCAUUUUAUUGCCAUUAAUCGAGUCUCUAAUGGUUGUUUGCAAGAACACCACUACGAACGAUGACCCCCAGCAGAAAGAUAUGGUCUUGUCAAGCCCACCACCCGAGUCUCGUACGGCUAGCCUCUUCUUUAGCUUUACCGAGGACCACCGCCGCAUUCUCAAUGAGCUUGUUAGGAGCAAUCCCAAGCUCAUGUCAGGAACGUUUGCCUUGCUCGUCAAGAAUCCCAAGGUACUGGAGUUUGAUAACAAGCGCAACUACUUCAACCGCAGUGUUCACUCACGAUCCGGUAACAGCCAGAGCCGGCCAGCAUAUCCCGCCUUACAACUAUCUGUCCGCCGCGAGCAUGUUUUCCAUGACUCUUUCAAGCACUUGUACUUCAAAUCAGGCGAUGAGAUGAAGUUCGGCAAGCUCAACAUCCGAUUCCAUGGAGAGGAAGGUGUCGAUGCCGGUGGUGUCACUCGCGAGUGGUUCCAGGUACUUUCACGACAAAUGUUUGACCCCAAUUACGUGCUUUUCACGCCUGUAUCCUCAGAUCGAACUACCUUCCACCCCAACAAACUUAGCGGCAUCAACGAUGAGCAUUUAUUGUUCUUUAAGUUCAUUGGCCGCAUUAUCGGCAAGGCAUUGUACGAAGGUCGCGUCCUUGACUGCUACUUUAGUCGUGCUCUGUACAAGCGAAUCCUGGGCAAAUCUGUUUCGGUCAAGGAUAUGGAGUCCUUCGACCCUGACUAUUACAAGUCUCUGUGCUGGAUGCUUAACAACGACAUCACAGACAUCAUCACCGAGACCUUCUCAGUCGAGGAUGAUGAGUUUGGCGUUACCAAUGUUGUAGACCUCAUCCCUAACGGCCGAGAAAUUGCAGUCACUGAAGAGAACAAGCACGAUUAUGUUCGUCUGGUGGUUGAGCACAAGCUAUUGUCCUCGGUUAAGGAGCAAAUGGCGCAUUUCCUUCAAGGCUUCCACGACAUCAUCCCAGCGGAACUGAUCUCUAUCUUUAACGAACAAGAGCUAGAGCUCUUGAUUUCCGGGCUGCCGGAUAUUGAUAUUGAUGAUUGGAAGAGCAACACGGAGUAUCACAACUACACACCAUCAUCGCAGCAAAUCCAGUGGUUCUGGCGAGCUCUAAGAUCCUUCGACAAAGAAGAACGUGCGAAAAUGCUGCAAUUCGUCACCGGAACCAGCAAGGUUCCCCUCAACGGCUUCAAAGAGCUUGAGGGUAUGAACGGUGUCAACCGAUUCAAUAUCCAUCGCGAUUAUGGCAACAAAAACCGACUACCCUCUUCGCACACCUGUUUCAAUCAACUUGACCUUCCUGAGUAUGAGAGCUACGAUCACCUGCGCUCUCAAAUUAUGAAGGCUAUCACAGCAGGAAGCGAAUACUUCGGCUUCGCGUAA